AUAGGAAUGUGACAGGUUUGGAUGCGGAAGUCAACAAGCUCCCUGCUGACUGCUGCUGAUGUAACCUAGUGUAAGGAGCUCGGGCAGCCGUGUGCGGGUAUAAAGCGGAUAGAGUGCGAGCCCUGCGGGUUAGAGGCUCACUGAGUGACAGACUAAUUGUAAGAGACACAAAAGAGCAUCAAGACAUCUACCUGUUGAGAAGAUGGCAGCAGCUGGCAUGUGUCUGGCUUUGGCCCUCCUCUCCACCAUGCAACUGGCUCAGGUUCACUGCUGGAACCAGCAAGACCGAGUGCUGCUGAGAGAUAUUCAAGCGAUCACUUUGUAUUCAGAACGAUACACAAAUAGUCGCCGCACGUCCCCUGUACCACAGCUGAAAUGCACUGGUGGCAGUGCUGGCUGCAAGGUGAUGCCACAGGUGGUACAGUGUCAUAACAGAGGUUGGGAUGGCAUUGACGUUCAGUGGGAAUGCAAGGUAGACAUGGACAACUCUUACAGAUUUGGAAAAGUGGAAGUAAACUGUGAGGGUUUUGACUACCCUGAGGAUCCCUAUGUACUCCGUGGCUCCUGUGGUUUGGAGUACACUCUAGAGUACACUGAGGAAGGCUGGAAGAGAUCUAAUGAUGGUAGUUACAGUGCUGGUGGACACGGAUCUGGGUUUUUCCAAGGGCAUUCGAAAAGCUGGAAUUCUCCCUCGUCUAGUGAUGGCAGCAGUGCCAUCGUCGUUGUUGUGAUUUUGGUGCUGGCUUAUGGAGUGUAUAAAUUAUUCCUUAGUGGGCCUGCAAUUCCGCAACAGCCUCAGCCUGAUGAGUAUGGAUAUGGUCACCAAACCCAUGCGACAGCCCCUCCACCUCCUGGCUACAGCCCCCCUCCUCCAGGAUUCAAGUCUGACUUCACAGGGUCUUCAGCAGGUUAUGGUGGUUUAGGUGGCACUUCUACAUUUGGCAGCGGUAGCACCCAAGGGCCAGGUUUUUGGACUGGCUUAGGAACUGGUGGUGUACUUGGAUACUUGUUUGGCAAUCGGAGAACUCAACCUUGCCAGUCUCCAUAUUUUAACAAUUGGUCUGGCCCUACCUAUUCCCAUGGCCCAAUGUAUGGAGCUUCUCAGCCAUUUCAAACACCACAGAGUUCAGGUGUGAGAACAACAUCAGGGUUUGGAGGAACAAAGAGAAGAUAAAGAAGAAAAUGGACUUAACAGAUGCUUUAUUGUCCACAUUUUUCCAAUACUUUAAAUGAACAGAAAAGUCUGGGAUGCAUCUGUUUUGUUUAAAAAUAUGGGUAGUAUUGCGUAGUUCCAGAGGCUGUAUCAAUGACACCAUGGAAUUUGUGUCUUACAAUCAACACACUUUCACACUUAACCCCUUAUAUUUGACCUCAAAAUUAUUUUGUCCCUGUGGCAUGUUACAUUAAAAUGCAAUCUGGCUACCCAGUCAUUACAUAUGAUUUAUCCUCUUAUAAACCACUCUAUAC